CUCGCCGCGGCGACACAGUCCGCGCCGUCCAGUCUCACCGAGACCGCGCCGCAGGCUGGACGCGCGCACUGCGGCCCUGCUGCCCACGUGCCUCCGGGGACGCACUAGCAGGUCGAGAGCGGGUUCGCGAUGUCUGAGGAAGGGGGCAGCGCAGAGGGCUCCGGCAGCAGCUGCGGCGAGGAGGAGGAAGACGAAAGCGAGGAGUGCCCCGUCACCAGCGCCUGGAUCGCCGAAGUCAUCGCGUCGCACAAGGGGCACCAGCAGGUGGAGGUGGUGGACAUGUGCAUCCGGCCGGGCUGCGACGCGGCGGACGCGGUGCUGAGCGACAUCGUGGCGGUGCGCGCCACCUACCGCCACCAGGCGGACCCCGCGGACCGCUCCGCCGCGCUCAUCGUCAAGCUGCUGCCCAGGGAGCCGUUCAGCAGAUACUUCGUCACCGAGGCGCAGUUCGACUUGCGUGAAAUCAAAUUCUACACCCAGGUGGUUCCCGAGCUAGAGGCGUUCGCGCGGCGGCAGGCGGGCAGCGGCGCGGACGCGGUGCGGCUGCCCAUCCCCGAGUGCUACCACGCGCGCUACGUCCCUCCGGAGGCCGAGACGGAGCCCGGGCCCGACGGCGAGAGCGUGCUCGUGCUGGAGGACUUGCGCGCGCGCGGCUUCGGCGGCGCCGACUUCUCUCGCGGACUCUCGCUGCGCCAGGCGCACGCCGCACUCGCCGCCGUCGCCAGGCUGCACGCCCUCUCGCUGGCGCUCAAGGUGAAGGGUGACGGGGAGGGCAGCGGACCGGUGUCGCUGCCACAGCGGUACCCGUUCCUGUUCCAGACGGCGCGCGCCACCGACUCCUACCAGCAGCUGGUGGAGCGCGGCCUGCCGCAGCUCGCUUCCUUUCUCGAGCGCCGCCCGGGUCUCGAACCCGUACUGGCGGCGCUACUCGCGCUGCGGCCCCGCACCAAGGACAUCAUAGCCAGCCUGCUCGCGCCGCAGGAGCCUCUGGCGCUGAUAACGCACACAGACUUCUGGUGCAACAACUUGCUGUUCCGCGGCGGCAACGACGAGGGGGAGCGCGGGGGCGUGGUCGGGGGCGAGCCCGAGGAGGAGGCGGGCGGCAGCGGCGGCGCGUGCGAGUGCGCCGUGCUGGACUGGCAGAUGGUCACGUACAGCCGGCCCACCAACGACGUGGCGCUGCUGCUCGUCAGCUCGGUGGGCACGGCGCUGCGGCGCGAGCGCACGGCCGAGCUGCUCGACGGCUACUGGUCGGCGCUGACCGCCGCGGCGCGCAGCCUGCGCCUCGACGUGCAGCGAGAGCUCGCCUACGACCGCCAGCGCCUGCAGGCCGACUACCGCCGCUCGCAGCUGCUCGCGCUGCUACUCUGCAUCGGCUCCGUCGACGUCGCGCUCGGCGACCCGCUCACCGAGCAGCGCCUCAUCGACGUGCUGCACGACCUGCACGCCGACGGAGUCCUCGACGCCGAGGACCUCUAACCCAGUGGCUACCUCUCACUACUGGCCCCCACAUCUCAUCGGCACCCGACUUCCGAGUGUCCGACAGCCUCCGGACUAAGAUCACUAGCAUCGCCAGAGCUUGACAGACGAGCAUCAAUCUCAAGUUACCGACAGCUCUGUGCCGUGUAAAUGGAACAUCGCCAUCAGAUCGCACCGUCGUCGUUAAGAGUGCCACACCCGUGUAUCCGGCGCUGAGGGGUCUACGGCCGACUGCGUGUCGCGAAAUCUUGCUGUGCUUAGGGAGCUAACGUCUGCCAAUUGCGAGAAGUGCAGCGCUACGAGUCAUGUGCCGGUAGCUUAUCAGUAGAAGCUAAACCAACCGCUUCUUACAUAAAAUCAUUGCAUUAAUCAUCGCUUUAUGUUGCUAUUUCUUUCAGUCUCUCUUCCCAUAACACUGAUAUGUUUUUCUUAUCAACUUUCUAUGGUAAACGUGCGCUCUACCUAUAAACUUUUUCAUCUGUAUUGUUUUUCCACGACAGUUUAAUUCCCCGAAAUAAAGUGCUUCUGCAGCUGUUUCCCGGGAAUAUGAGCUGCUGCAUUGUGAUACCACCGUGUUUCUUCAUCUGAACUACAAUAUGUGUCAACUGUUUAAAAAAGUGCGCUCCACAUACCUGUCAGCUAUAUUUGGUAUACGCAAGUUCAGUCGUAUGUUUGUGAACAUAUAAUAAUGGUAAACAAAAGAAAUGGUAAUUUGCAUGCUAAAAAGUGUCAAGAAAAACUGCUGUAUAGCGCGGAGAUAACUCAAUUGCUAUACAAAAUGAGAUUACGUAUUGUGUUCCACGUGUGCUUUGACGGGACCAACGGUCGCAAUUACGUCCCGAGCAUAUACACCAAAAGUUACGUAACGCCAUUCAGGUGAGCAAUAGAAGCAACGUCUGUUAUUCUGCAAAAUAUUUUAGAAUCAAAUGUCAAACUGUUUUACUCAGUUUAAGGGAAUAAAAGUAUAACUGUUUCAUAGUGUUUAA